AUGUCACAGGUAAUGACACAGAAUCGGGAACCGCACUUUCUUGACAGCACAAGGAUAACCAACUUCGCAGACGAGUCCACGAUAUCCGCGAUGGCAGAGACAAUCCGGGAGGAAUAUCCGGAUACCCCUCUCAGGCUGGGACUGACCAUCCCAGGAAUUCUACACGUUGAAAAAUCUCCGAGUGAAAUUGACUAUACCAAUGCACUGGACAGCUUCAAGAUCAACUCUGUUGGCCCUAUGCUGUUCAUGAAACAUCUCUCCCAGUUCAUCCCAUUGAAAUCCGCUCCAGCAUUCUCCAAAUCAGCAUCUAUAUCUGCAAAUAACUCCCGCCAACCACUACAGCUACCCUCGCAUGCCAUCUAUGCCAUGAUGGCCGCUCGUGUCGGCUCGAUAUCCGACAAUGCAUCGGGCGGAUGGUAUUCAUAUCGGGCAAGUAAGGCCGCUGUGUUUCAAUUGGCUAAAUCGUUCGAUUUAUAUCUGCACACGAAGAGUGGACAGAGGGCAAUGGCUGUUGCGUUGCACCCUGGGACCGUGCGCACGGAUUUCACGAAGGAGUUUUGGGGUGGCAGGGGAAUGUUGGAGCCGGCCGAGGCAGCUGGAAAACUGUUGGAGGUUUUGAUGGGCCUGGCUCCGGAUGCCAAAGGAGGGCGAGGGAGGUGUUGGGAUUGGAAAGGAGAGGAGGUUCUGCCAUGA